GUCCCUCUCCUCGACGGCAGCGAUGGGCUGGCGGGGGGCUGCGCGCCUCCUCCCCCUGGCCUUCCUCGUCCUCCUCCAGGUGGACCCCCGCCUAGCCGCCUGGCUGCCCCCGUGCCAUUCCGGCUACGUCUUCGUCGUGCCCGACGGGCGGCUGAGUCCGGGCCAGGUCUCGAGCGAAG